AUGACUUCCAAGACCGCCAAAGAUAUAAUUAUUGGCAAGUGGGGCUUGAAGUCGGGUAGCUCCAGACCCGAGAAUGAGCUCGAGAAGUAUAAGCAGGAGAACGCAGCCCUGAGAAAAUCGCUGGAGGAAUUCGUGAAAGGGAAAAGCAAAAUGGCUGAUCCGGAAAGGAACGGGCUCCUGGAGAAAAUACUUUCCCUUGAAAAACAAAAAGAAAAACACAACCAUCUUCUUGGAGAGAAGGACAAAGAAAUCCAAAAUCUGAAAGACAAGCUUAGAUCCAAAAACAAGAAUAGUGAAGUCUCCUUGUUACAAAGUCAACUAGAGGAAAAAACAAAGGAAGCAGAAAGGAGAGAACACUUGCUUCGUUCUCUAUCAGAAGAAAUGAACCAGUUAAAAUGUAAUUUAUCCACUGUUACUGCAAAAUGUUCUGAGCUUGAAAACAGAGCUGGUACUUCUCAGGCAUCCCAGGAAGCUGUAACAAACAGCACUGGAUCACUGACUAAUCUUUAUGAAGUUGAAAAACAACUGAAAGAUGCUCUUGAGAAAAACCAACAGUGGCUACUGUAUGACCAGCAACGUGAAGCAUAUGUCAGGGGACUGCUUGGAAGGAUCUUUGAACUUGAACAGAAGUCAGAAAUAGUUAGCCAACAAGAAUCUAAAGAAUUCAAUUCAGAAGGUCAUCUACAAGAGGAAAAGCAAAAAUAUUAUGACCAGCUGUUACUAACUGCUAAGAGUGAUCUUGAGACUGAAAGACGCACUAUAACCCAGCUGAGAGCUGAACUUAAUGAAUUCAAAAAGAAGUAUGAAGAAACACAACGAGAAAUAACGAGUUUAAAUGCCUCAUUGCAGUCACAACAGGUUGCUGAAAUGCAGACUCUAGAAAAUGAAAAUAAAAUGAAAGGAGAGAAAGUGCAGAGACUAAAACAAGAAAAUGAAACUAUUAAAGGACAGCUCAGAGAAGAAAAGAAAAAGUCUGAAGAUCUCUUAUGUCAGGUGCAACUUCUUCGUAAAUCACUGCUCAAACAGCAGGAGGAACACACUAGGAUAGCUUUGUUGGAACAACAGAUCCAGAUAUGCACCACAGACUUUGAGAAUGAAAAGCUUGAUCGCCAGAAGUUGCAGUAUCAGUUAAACAAAGUCCUUAAGGAACUGCGCAAGGCCAGGGAGCAAAUAACCCGUCUGGAACCUCUGAAGCUCCAGGAAUCUGGACGUGUGGAGCCACAAGAAGAUUUGCAAGCUGCAUUUGAAGAGAAGCUGACCACGUACGACAGAAGUCCUUCCCUGAAACAUUCCAGCCUUCUCGAUGAAAGCUUUCUCGAGUGUCCCAGAUGUAAAGUACAGUAUCCAACAAGCCAGCAUAGAGAAUUACUAGCACAUAUUGACUUUUGUACAGCUUGA